AUGGAGGACUCUUGGAUACUCGAUGAAGUGUACGAUCCGACAAGGCGAGCGGUUCUAAAAAUAAUAUCCCCCUAUUUGAUAGUCGUGGGUCGGGGCGAGCCAGUUGUCAUGUAUCCUCUUCAGUAUGAAGAAUCAAUUAAGCAUCAGGAGUUCAGGAAUGAAACACCCACUAAAGAUGAUGUCAAGGACCGCGAAGGCUCACCGUCUAGUAAGGCUAACGAAACUCGUCCUUCAAUGAAAAUGAAAGUAAGGCAAGAGGUCAAGGACGUUCAAGGCCUCCCUACGCAUAAGACUGACGAACCCCGUCCUUCUUUAAACAUGAAAGAACCUGAAGGUGAACUACUCUCCGAAGAUGAUGUCAAGGUCGUUCAAGGUUCUUCAUCCGAUAACACUAGCGCACCAAACCCUACUAUUAAGGGAGUUGAAGAUGGCAAGGACGUUCAAGGUUCUCCACCUGAUCAGAAUAAAGAACCUGAUCCUUUAAUAAAUAUGAACGAACGUAAAAAUCAACAACCCACCGAAGAUGACGCCAAGGACGCUCAAGGCUCUCAAUCUGCUAAGACUGACGAUCCUCGCCCUUCAGUGAAUAUGACAGAACGGGAAGAUGAACAACCCACAAAAAACGUCAUGGCUUCUAGUAAGACUAACGAACCUAAUCCAUUAAUAAAUAUGAAGGAAAGUAAUGACAAGGACGUUCAAGGUUCACCAUCUGAUCAGAACAACGAACCUGGUCCUUCAAUAAACAUAAACGAGCGUGAAAAUGAAAAAGCCACCGAUGAUGAUACCAAAAACGUUGAAGACUUCCAAGCUCCUAAUACAGACGAGCCUCUUUCUUCUAUGAACAUGAAAGAAGGGGAAGAUGAACAACCCACCGAAGAUGACGACAAGGAGAGUCCGGACUCACUAUCUAACGAAUCUGUAAUAAGUAUGAAAGAAAGUGAACAGGUCAAGGCCCUUCAAAGUUCUCCAUCUGGCAACGUCAACGAACCUAACCCUUCAAUAAAUAUAAAGGAAAGUGAAGAUGACAAGGAAGGUCAAGGUUCACCAUCUGAUCAGAACAACGAACCUGAGCCUUCAUUAAAUAUGAAGGAAAGUGAAAAUGACAAGGACGUUCAAGGUCCACCAUCUGAACAGAACAACGAACCUGAGCCCUCAAGAAAUAUGAAGGAAAGUGAAAAUGACAAGGACCCUCAAGGUUCACCAUCUGAUCAGAACAACGAACCUAUCCCUUCAAUAAACAUGAAGGAACGUAAAGAUAAAGAACCCACCGAAGAUAAUGCCAAGGAUGCUCAAGAAUCUCAAUCAGCUAAUACUGAUGGAGCUCUUCCUUCAAUAAAUAUGAAAGAACAGGAAGAUGAACAUCCCACCGUAGAAAACGUAGUCAGUCAUGGCUUACUAUCGAGUACAACUAACGAAACAAUAAAUAUAAAUGAACAAGAAAAUGCCGAUGAAACUCAAAGUAUCCAAUCUGGUGAAUCUAAGGACUCUCCUGAAAUCUUAAAUUUGAAAAAAUAUGACGAAGUCAAGGACCUUCAAAAUAUAAAUAUAAAAGAUCACAAACUUGAAAAUCCAAGCGAAUAUGUUAUCAAGAAUUGUGAAGAUUCUCCAUCUCGUAAUGAAAGUGGCGAUCCUUCUAGAAGUGAGUAA